AUGGACAUUGCGCAAGGCCAAGGUUACCCGCUGGAGAUAAUAAUUAUUACUGAUGAUAGUACCCCGAUGCCCACCGGCAGGCGAGCUCGCCACGACAUUCCCGCAUGGGUGCAUUGGCCGGAAUUUUAUCCCCGGAGGGCGAGCUCGGAAGCCCCCCGCAGCAGCAAGCGCGCUCGCGUCGCCGCCACCGAGGAUGCCAUCCUGGGCCUGCAGGAGGUGACGGGUCGCUCGGGGGACGAGUGCGCCAUCUGCCUGCAGGACUUCCGCGCCGAGGAGACGCUCAGGGCGAUGCCCUGCUCCCACGCCUUCCACCAACACUGCAUCUCCCAGUGGCUCCGCCGCAACGCCGUCUGCCCUCUCUGCCGCCACGAGCUGACCGCUACUCCCACGCCGGAGGAGAAAGAGGAGGACGGCGGCGGCGGCACUCCGACGCCCGAGGAGGACAGGGAGGAGGAGCGGGAGCGCGACGGGAGACCUUUCGCUAUUUUUUCUGCCUUCUAG